ACACUGCGUCGAGGCGGCUGACCAAUCAGAACGCAGCACAGCAUCAGUACUUCCGUUUUAGCUGUGACGGAAACAGCCUGCAAGUACGACCAUACUCUGGAGUGGACGUGGCCCUGCGCUCUUAAUAUCAACGUGAGAAAAAACUGAUACCACCCAUGCAGCGCUGCCUCACUCUGACCUUUGCUCGGCACAGCAGGCUACUAUUGAGAAAUAAAUUUGCAUCUGUGCAGCAGUCAGCAGCCAUGUCAAGUCUCCUCAUCAACCAGCCCAAAUACUCCUGGCUGAAAGAGCUGGGCCUGUCUGAGGACAACCCUGGUGUUUACAAUGGGAGCUGGGGAGGCAGCGGGGAGGUCAUCACAUCCUACUGCCCCGCCAACAAUGAGCCGAUUGCCAGAGUAACCCAGGCAACAAUGGCGGAAUAUGAAGAAACUGUCCAGAAGACGAAGGAGGCUUGGAAGAUGUGGGCAGAUAUUCCAGCUCCCAAAAGAGGGGAGAUUGUGAGGCAGAUUGGAGAUGCUCUUAGAAAGAAGAUUAACGUCCUCGGGAGCCUGGUGUCCCUAGAAAUGGGCAAGAUCUAUGUUGAGGGAGUGGGAGAGGUUCAGGAAUAUGUUGAUGUCUGUGAUUAUGCUGUUGGUCUGUCGAGAAUGAUUGGCGGGCCCAUGCUGCCUUCAGAGAGACCAGGCCAUGCCUUGAUCGAACAGUGGAACCCAGUUGGUCUUGUCGGCAUCAUCACUGCCUUUAACUUCCCUGUGGCUGUCUAUGGCUGGAACAAUGCCAUCGCUCUGACCUGCGGCAAUGUCUGCCUCUGGAAAGGAGCUCCGACCACAUCUCUCACAAGUGUUGCAGUUACCAAGAUCGUGGCCGAGGUGCUGGAAAAGAACAACCUGCCGGGUGCUAUCUGCUCCAUGACCUGCGGAGGCGCUGAUAUUGGCACAGCCAUGGCAAAGGAUGAGCGGGUGAAUCUGGUGUCGUUCACUGGCAGCACCCAUGUAGGCAAGAUGGUGGCCAUGACAGUGCAAGAAAGGUUCGGCCGUAAUUUGCUGGAGCUCGGUGGAAACAAUGCUAUCAUCGCGUUUGAGGAUGCCGACCUGAAUCUUGUGGUUCCCUCUGCCGUCUUCGCUGCUGUGGGAACUGCUGGCCAGCGCUGCACCACCACCAGGAGGCUGAUGCUGCACGAGAGUGUUCAUGACGCUGUGGUUGAGAGGCUCACCAAGGCCUACAAACAAGUCCGCAUCGGAGACCCCUGGGAUUCCACCACCCUUUAUGGGCCUCUGCACACCAAACAAGCUGUGGAUCAGUAUCUGGCAGCUAUUGAGAAGGCCAAGCAGCAGGGUGGCACUGUGGUCUGCGGAGGAAAGGUGAUGGACCGUCCUGGAAACUACGUGGAGCCCACCAUUAUCACAGGGCUGGCUCACGACGCUCCCAUUGUCCACACCGAAACCUUUGUCCCCAUACUGUACGUCCUCAAUUUCAAGACAGAAGAGGAGGCGUUUGCCUGGAACAAUGAGGUCCAGCAGGGCCUGUCCAGCAGCAUCUUCACUAAAGAUAUGGGUCGGGUUUUCCGCUGGCUGGGGCCCAAAGGAUCCGACUGCGGCAUCGUGAAUGUCAACAUUCCUACAAGCGGAGCGGAGAUCGGAGGAGCCUUUGGUGGAGAGAAACACACAGGAGGUGGAAGAGAGUCUGGCAGUGACUCAUGGAAGCAGUACAUGAGGCGUUCAACCUGCACGAUAAACUACAGCAAAGAUCUUCCUCUGGCCCAGGGAAUCAAGUUUGAGUGAAGCCUUCAAGUGGCUUUGUUUAAGCGUUCGACGAGCCCAAAAGGACAAGGAGUGUUGCCUAACAAAUGCUAGACAUUUGUCAUUGCAUUUUUGCAUUCAGAAAGGUCGGUUGGAAUGUCAACGUUUGGAAUCAUUUUUGGAUCGGUUUCAUUUCUCCUGUAUCAAAUCUAUGUCUAUGGUUGUAGCAUCAGAUAUUAAUCCUGGUUUGAAAAUAGUGUUGUGUUAAAGGUCAAAUACUGUUCCCACAAAUGUUGGUGUGCACUUUUCUACUAGCACUUAGAAAGUUUGAGUGCUAGACGAUUGUACCAGCUCUCUAAUAUACGGUGUAAAAAAUAAAUAAAUCUUACCUUUUAUUUUGAAAGAAAAA